AAACAAACACCCCAUAACUAUCUCUCCCUCUCGCCAACCUUACCCAACCUCAUUCACUUUUUAUUUCUAUCUUAUCUGUUUAGAUUUGUGAUCUCAACUCCUCGAUUCCUUCCCAAACACUACAUUACUCUCUUUCCUCUCUAAGAUCUGCAAUGGAAUCGCAUGACUUUCAUUUCGAAUCUUGUAUUCCGAAGACAGGUUUUCAAGAUGGUGGAGGUGAGGAAAACAAUUCCAACUCUGACGAUAAGAAGGUGGACGAGGUCACCGUCAUCAAGAGCGAUGAUGAUGAUGCUGAUGUUGCCUCGUUGAGAGAGAGGAAGGACAUUAUCGACCUUGAAUCUGAGAAAGGAAACAUUUUUCUUAUUGAGAGUGAGGAGGCUGACUUCAUUGUUCUAGACCGUGAAAUUGAUGAGCUUGAGAUGACUUAAUUGUAGCCUCUAAGGCUGAUGAGAAUUCCAUCAAAUGUAUUCUGUCAGCCCUAAAACACUUCUCCUCUACUACUGGACUUUCUGUCAAUCACUCUAAGUCUGAAAUUAUAUUUGGGGGGAUCACCAAACACCAGGAGAAUCAAUUACUGCAGAUAACCAACAUGAGAAAGGGUUCAUUGCCAUUCAGAUACUUAGGAAGUCCCGUCACUUCUUCCAUAAUCAAUGCCAAAGAUUGUGAGAGGCUCGUAGAGAAAAUGACUGCUAAACUCACCACGUGGUCUACAAAAAAUCUGUCAUAUGCCGGGAAGGUGAAGCUAAUUAAUUCUGUAUUAUUUGGCAUUAUUGGUUUCUGGAGCAGAAUUUUUCUCAUACAUAGUAUGGUAAUGAAGAGAAUCCAAAGUUUAUGUAGGAAUUUCCUAUGGGGGUCUACCCAUGAACACGUACAGGAGAAUUCCCUUGGUGGCCUGGGAUGAUAUAUGCCUACCUAAGAAGAAUGAGGGACUUGGACUUAAAAAUCUGACUCUGGAAUAAAGCUAAUAUCAUGAAAUUUGUUUGGGACAUUGCGAUAGAAAAGGAGGUUCUUUGGAUCAAAUGGAUCCACAACAGAUAUCUGAAGAACAAUAAUGUUUGGGACUGUCCAAAGAGGAAUGAUGACUGUUUUUACUGGAAAAAGAUAUUGCAAAUCAGAGACUGCUUUGUGGAAAUGGAAGACACUAUCCCUUACAAUCCUGAGGUUGGCUAUCAAUGGCUCUUGGGGCAAAAACAAAUACAUAACUGGUCAGAAUUGGUCUGGAAUAGUUAUUCCAUCCCAAAACAUAAGUUUGUGUUCUAGUUAACUUGCAGAGACAGAAUAUUGACCAAAUACAGACUGAAAUUCUUAUUCCCAGUAGACACUUCCUGCCUAAUCUGCCAAAAUGCUGAAGAAGAUAGACAUCACAUAUUCUCUACUUGCCCUUAUACUAGGGAGGUAUACAAGAGGAUUUAUGAUUGGACCCAAUUUCUUUUUGAAGGGUACACAAUAGAAGCAAUUUGUACACAGCUCUUGAGCAUUGCUGCUGUGAAGAGAAGGAGGAAAAUUGCAGCAGUUUUUGCAGCCAGUAUAUACUUCAUCUGGAAGGCCAGGAAUAAGAUUUUCCACUCUAAUGCCUUAACUCCUGUUGAGGAAACUUUCAGCUGGAUCAAAUUCCAUGUUAGGACCUAUUUGAAUUCUAGAUUAAAUGAGUUUGUGUAAUAGUAAUUUGUAGAGAAUAUAUGUUACUGGAGGUAGAGGGCAGGAUUAUGGUGGGUUGAUACUUGGUUGUAUGUAGAUAUUUGGAGAAUUAUUAAUAUAUUUGCUUUCUGUUA